AGCGAUAAGGAAUAAGGUGGGACGUGUGUGAACGCAAAGAAGCCCCACAUUUUUUUGUUUUGGUAAUGAAACGUGGUCACAUUUUAACCACGCGCUCGUUUUAAGGAUACAGACAAAUCAAAAAGAAGGUGGAUUCAACCGAGGAGCAUCUGCGUCGGAGCGGAGGAGGCUAGAGACGCGACGGCCGGGAAAAGAUGGACCUUUUGGGGAUAUACCUGCUCCUAUGCCUGGCUCUUUUACCGCGGACUACCUCUACGGCGGCCAAGGAGCUGCAAUGCCAGGAGAUAGCGGUGCCCCUGUGCAAAGGCAUCGGCUACAAUUACACCUACAUGCCCAACCAGUUCAACCACGACACGCAGGACGAAGCGGGCUUGGAGGUGCACCAAUUCUGGCCUCUGGUUGAGAUCCAGUGCUCCCCGGACCUGAAGUUUUUCCUGUGCAGCAUGUAUACACCGAUAUGUUUAGAGGACUAUAAAAAGCCACUGCCACCGUGCCGGAGCGUGUGUGAACGUGCCAAGGCUGGAUGCGCGCCUCUCAUGCGUCAGUAUGGCUUCCCCUGGCCGGAUAGGAUGAAGUGCGACCUGCUGCCAGUGCAAGGCAACCCCGAUACUUUGUGCAUGGACUAUAACAGAACUGACUCCACCACUGUUUCCCCCGUGUUGUCAAAACCAACAAACAACCCGGGUAACAGCAAUAACAACAAAGGCGCAUACAACCCCCCUAAUAAUAAUAAGAACAAACCGAGCAGACCGGGCGCUCCUGGGAAGUACAAGCCUCCCUCUGCUCCGUGCGAGUCCGGGUGCAAGUGCAUGGAGCCUAUGGUGCCGGUGAGCACGGACAGACACCCGCUGUACAACCGGGUGAAGACGGGACAGAUCAACAACUGCGCUAUGCCGUGCCACAACCCGUUUUUUACGCACGACGAGCGCGCUUUCACAGCCUUCUGGAUCGGCUUGUGGUCGGUGCUGUGCUUCAUCUCGACCUUUGCGACCGUGGCCACUUUCCUGAUCGACAUGGAGCGCUUCAAAUACCCAGAGAGGCCGAUAAUAUUCCUGUCCGUGUGCUACAUGUUCGUGUCAGUUGGGUAUAUCGUCCGGCUUAUCGCUGGGCACGAGAAAGUGGCGUGCAACAGGGAGUACGACAUUGAACACAUCCACUACGAGACCACAGGACCCGCGCUGUGCACAGUUGUGUUUCUGCUUAUCUACUUCUUCGGCAUGGCCAGCUCUAUUUGGUGGGUGAUCUUGUCCCUGACCUGGUUCCUCGCAGCGGGUAUGAAGUGGGGCAACGAGGCUAUAGCGAGUUACUCCCAGUAUUUUCACCUGGCCGCGUGGUUAAUCCCGAGUAUGAAGUCUAUCGCAGUGUUGGCGCUCAGUUCUGUGGAUGGGGACACAGUGGCUGGGAUCUGCUACGUGGGGAACCAAAACUUGGACAACUUGAGAGGCUUCGUCCUGGCUCCUCUGGUGAUAUAUUUAUUCAUUGGCACUAUGUUCCUCCUGGCUGGAUUCGUGUCACUUUUUAGGAUCAGGAGUGUCAUCAAGCAAGGAGGAACAAAAACUGACAAACUGGAGAAGCUUAUGAUAAGAAUAGGUAUUUUUACUGUCCUAUACACAGUGCCAGCCACCAUCAUCGUGGCCUGUUACUUCUACGAGCAGCACAACAGGCAAAGUUGGGAGAUUACGCACACUUGUGGAAACUGCUUAUUAGAAAGAGACAGAAGGAGUCCGGACUAUGCAGUUUUCAUGCUUAAGUACUUUAUGUGUCUACUUGUAGGCAUCACGUCUGGAGUUUGGAUUUGGUCUGGGAAAACUGUGGAUUCCUGGAGGACUUUUUGCACCCGCUGUUGUUGGGGCAGCAAAGGAACCAGCGGGUCAAUGUACAGCGACGUAAGCACAGGACUAACAUGGAGAUCCGGCACGGCCAGCUCGGUAUCCUGCCCCAAGCAAAUGCCAUUGUCCCAAGUUUGAAUCAUUUGGAGAGGGGAGAGACAAAGGCAGCUUAUGGGGACUGCUAAUUGUUGGGGAGAUAAACUGUCAGUGCUGUUACUUUGCAUUUACAUAGGAAUGAGUUGUGGCUGAGGUGAGCUGGUGCUGUCCUCCUCCUCUUCCCCCCCAAAACAACUCACCUCCUCCAGGAGAACUGGUCCGAACAAUGUCCCUGGAUUAGCACAGGUUAAAUCCUCUGUUUAUAUGUAUUAGAGCUACCCAACACCAGGCUUUCUCCAACUGGGCAUUACUUAUUCUAUUGUGGGCAGAGUUCUGUCUUCAUAGCAUUUCUUUAUCUACUUACAGUGGUUCUCAGCUGGUGUGAACUAGUUUUAACUUUUAAAAAUUGCUUUCUUGUGAUCCAAAUUGUGCACCAAAGUUAUUUUUUUUUACUGCAAACCAUAAGCCACAUGCACUUCAAUAUCUGUCCCGACAUUUCUUGUAGCAGAACACACCUUUCCCACUUUUUAAAAUUAUGAUAAACAUUGUAAUUUUGGUCUUAACCCACCAACAGAGAACCACUGCUUACUUCAGUGCCGGAUAACGUUGCUUAUUCAAUCAAAGAUGGUUUAAAUUAAGCCUUAAUAACGCCCAAGUAUUUUACGGGUUCAUUUUGUAAUAUUUUGUUUUGGAAAUUGUAUUUAUAUCUCUCUAUAUAUAUUAUUGUACAAAUGUGUAAAUGUGUGUACAAAAGAAAACUUUAUAUAAGCUAUUGUAAAUUUGUACAAAGUGUAGAUGUCCUCUUUUGCGACUGAAAAGCAAUAUGACCUUUAUUUUGACAAUAAAAUAUUUGAUAAAUCUUAUAA